AGACGGAAGGAUGUUACUCGUUUUCCAAGUGUGCGGGAUCUGAAGUACUGGUAUACGAUACAGGAAUGUUUUUCGGGAAGUGGAGGCCCCGAGGGGCAAAGCCAAAAAUGGUGUGCGUUUACUUGGUAUUUUGUGCGGUGAUAUUUUUACUUCAUCUUCACGAGAGCCUCGCUGGUAAACACACGCAGAAGGAGCGCGACAGGACAAAUAAUCCCUGCCAACUUAUAAGCAUGAAAAAACUAAAAGGAUCUCGAAAUUCAAGGUGCCAAGAGGACUGCGAGAAAAUGGCAAAAGAAUGGAGUAACUACAAAUCUACGGUUAAACAACACUAUCGUAAGAAGUACGAUGCUAACAUAGACGCGCAAGUAGACGAAGAUCUCCACGAUUCUUCUUGUGCGGAUUUCACCCUCGGAUCUUGCAAGUAUGCUACAUGUACCUGCAGUCACUCCAAUCCUCCCGAGAAGGUCUCAACCCACCACGAGAAGGUCCCAACUCACCACGAGAAGGUCCCAACCCACCACGAGGAGGUCCCAACCCACCACGAGGAGGUCCCAACCGGCCACGUGAUUCACAUAUCCAGUCAUUUGAAGGAUUGCAGGACAAGGGCUAAAAUCUUCGCUGAGGAAUUUCUAAAGAUUGAAAAAAUUCAGCUUUAGGAAAUGUAAACUCACUUUUCCAGCUUGUGCGUACCUAACGGCUCAAUUGCAUUGCUAUACAGGGUGAGCCGAAAGUAUAACUGAAAAGUGUCUAUAACUUUUGAACAAAAAGAAAUAAAAGAUUCUGGUUUGGACCAUUGCUCAUUGUGGGAAGGAGCUGAUUUGUUUAGGGGGGCUUAUUUAUGCCCCCCCCCCAAGGGAGCCCCCCUAUGGAGGACAACUCGAAAUUUUCAAAUAGCGACCCCUCCCCCUCCCUUCGUGACGCAUCUUUGGAAAGAAGAUAAAAACAAAAGGACGUAUUUCUGUCAAACGGACGCUAAUUUGAGUUCCUGUUGAGGAUAGCGGAUAGCGCGUUCUGUCAAACGGAACUAAGCGCCAUGGAAAAUCAUCAGGAGUUUAGGACGGAAUUAACGAGCAUCGCGU